AUGUCGAGCACAAAGGAAGCAGAAGAAGUCAUUGGCAUUAAGAAUGAACAUCUCGCAAAUGUGAUCGUCCGGUUGAAGGCUAACCCCAAUAAGGCAUCAGGAAAGGCGCAUCCUACAGAACGCGAAGAGACUGUUAUUCGAAGUCCUCCGGUUUACCAGCGGGCUAGUGCAGCGAAUGAAACCACCUUCAUGUUGUUCAAGAACUAUCCCGAUAGAAUCGUCAUUGAGUGUAACCAUGAUGACCUUAGGCGUAUCUGUGCUGUUCGCAGCCCAUAUGUUCGUGCAGACUGGUACAAAGGCAUGAGGUUGGAGCCCGAUAAGGAUGUUAUUCUUACGUAUAGCAACGACAAGCAUACUGAGAUGCGGUCAAAAAUGGCAACCGGGUAUGCUGGCAAAGGAAGCGAAAAUUUUGAAAAAGAUAUAGAUGCACGCAUUACUGAACUACUCAAACUUAUUGGGAAUAAGUACAUCUCCGAUGACCACAGUUAUAAGCCGUUGGACUGGGGCUUGAUGUCCAGCAGUCUUACCCUAGAUGCUGUCACUGAACUUGGAUUCAUUCAUAUAUUGUAUCGGCAACAUUGA